CGUCGUCCCUUGGCUUUUCUCCCUCCUCUUUCCCUUCUGUCUUCUUUGCUGUGUUUGAAUGGAGAAGCUGGGUUCCCUGGAACCUGCAGACCCCUUGCCGGGUGCAAGGCCCGUUGCUGGGGUUUCAGCUGAGGGGGACGAGGAGGCAGCAGCAGUCAGCUCCAAACUCUUUCGGUGUGCAUUUGUGAGACGUUGGCUACCACUGGCCUACAGAGAAGAACUCUACCAUGUCCUACAUCUCACGGGCCCACUGCUGCUGUCUCGGAUUCUGAACUUCCUCCUGCCGUUUGUUAUAACCAUAUUCUGUGGUCACAUUGGCAAUGCAGAACUUGCUGGAUAUGCACUGGCCUCAGCGACCAUUAACUUGACCACAAUGUCAACAGGCUAUGGCCUCACUAUGGCUUGUGACACACUCAUUUCUCAGACAUUUGGUAGUAAGAAUAUGAAACGUGUAGGAGUAAUUCUGCAAAGGAGUACAUUGAUUCUGCUGCUGUUUUGUCUGCCAUGUUGGGGUAUUCUUAUCAACUCUCACAACUUAUUGCUCAUCAUGCACCAAGAGGAUGAGGUGGCCAGAAUUGCCCAGCUCUAUUUGAUGGCAUUUCUACCAGCUGUUCCUGCCUUGUUCCUGCACCAGCUGCAGGUUUCCUACCUACAAAACCAAGGGAUCAUUCUGCCUCAGAUGUACACAGCAGCCAUAGCAAACAUUUGUAACCUGGGGGUCAACUAUGUCCUAAUCGUCAGUCUCCAAAUGGGUGUCAUUGGGUCAGCAAUCGCUAACAGCCUCUCUCAAAUCACCAUCUGCCUGCUGUUAUUCGGCUACAUCAGAUGGAAAAAGCUCUACAAGGAGACGUGGGGAGCAGGCUGGUCCACUGACAGUCUGCAGGAAUGGGGAACCUACAUGAAGCUGGCUAUUCCCAGUGUCUUCAUGGUCUGCUUUGAAUGGUGGAUCUGGGAAAUUGGCGGUUUCCUUGCUGGUGUACUUGGCGAGGUGGAUCUUGCUGCACAACAUGUGUUGGUGGAAGUAGGAGCCAUAACAUAUAUGUUCCCUCUAGGUGUCCAUGCAGCUGCCUGUGUGCGUGUUGGGAAUGCUCUGGGAGCCGGGGACACGGCCAGGGCCUUAGUCACCUGCAAAGUGGCACUGGUUCUAUCAGGAAUGCUUGCUGUGUUCCAGGGUAUUGUCAUUGCUAGCUCUAAGUCCAUCGUUGGCUACAUAUUCACUUCUGAUGAAAACAUUGUGGCGAUUGUCUCGGAGAACCUCACAGUCUACACAUUUGUACAGUUCUUUGAUGCUAUUCUGUGUGUCUGCUCAGGGGUUCUUGUAGGAUCUGGGAUGCAGAAAAUUGCCGCCGUGGCCAACUUUGUGUGUUACUACUGCAUAGCUCUGCCAGUGGGAAUAGCUCUGAUGUUGUUUUCCGAGCUCAGAAUAUUAGGCUUCUGGCUGGGUAUCUUUGUAGCUAUUGUCCUUGAGGCAUUUUUUUUCCUCAUUCUAAUCUUCAGACUCAACUGGAAGAAAGUCACACAGAAGGCUCAACAGCGAGCUGGAAAGAAAGUGCUUGUGACAGCGAAGCGUCCUGCUAGUACAGUGCUGUAUGAAGCGACGGUGCCUGACAUCUCCAACUGCCCUAACACAGCUCAAUUGGAAGGUGAAGAAGCUACGAGAGCAGAUGGCUACAAUCCCGUCAACACUCAGGAUCAGGAGCUGAAAGCAGGUCAUGAGGCUAAGGGAAACAACACAAAUGUUCAAAGUACCAAGGGGGAUGCUGAGAAGAGCAAAAACACCUCUAACACCAAACCUCAAGCACCGCUUUCUAUCACUCAGAUUAUCUUACGUCGGGGACUUACUGCUUUGAUUUCAGCACUCAUUUUGGCCAUAGGCAUUGCUUUCCACUUUGCUUUCCCUGCACCGGAGCCUUCAGCUCAGAUCAGGGCAAACUUUACCCUGAGCUGGGCCAAUGACUCGACUCCUACACCUCUGGCUCCGCUGGAACUGACCCCAAACCUCUGAGCUAUCUCUGACCUCUGAAUGUAGAAACCUAUAGACUAAGCACAGUUGACACAGUUUUCACAGAUGAACAGUUUAUACCUAAAGAGAAAAAUGCUGAAUGCCUUCAAAGUUGCACAUCUACUCAUAAACCUGGAUAAACACCCAUAUUCAGCCUAACAUGGUCCACUAGAUCUUCUACAGACAAAAAGAUGUCUCAGUGCUGCACUGCUGAGCAAAUCCACAGAAAGCUGUAAGACUAAGACAGGAUGAACAAAGGCCUUGUUCCAAAGAUCAUGUUUUAACCUGCUCAGGCUGAAAAGCUCAACUGGGACUACAUGGUACACUACAAAUCCCUCACUACGAGACCACACAGGAAUAAAAGAGCAGGUGUUUUUCCACAGAUAACCUUUGAUUUUUCAACCUAUUGUUUUCUUGAUUUACAUAUUGCACUGUGACAUUAUCGUGUUUCUUACUGACCUUAAAUCAUUGUCUCAUGUUUUAACUUUGAGUAUUAUGAGAUUGACUGUAAAUAUGUAAUACACAGUAUAACCAUAGGGCAGGCUUGAUGUUCUCCAAAAUAUUUUUUUUUACUGUAUAUGUAUGGUCAAUAUGUAUGCAAUAUAUUGCAGGCUAAUCAAUAAAAUGAACUUUUAAAGUGCAUAACAACGAAAUUAACAACAUAGAAGAACAGGUAUG